AUGACACAUUUCCUCCCGGAGAGCAAUGGUUUGGACUUUCAAUCUUCGUGUCGCCAUCUUGUGGCUAUGUUCAUGAUAAUCAAGCUUCGAGGGCACAUUGAGGAGGGAUCGAUGCCUGGAGAGCAAUGGAACGCUUACCUACGUGCCGCGUUCAUUCCUCCUCCCGAGAUCGUGUUGAGUAUACGGAUCGACGUUCCGCAUGCGACGUAA